UUUUUUGUGUUUUGUGUAAACAGAUACGAUAUGGCUGAUUCAACCGACAACUCUGCUGAAACUAGUCAACGUAAUAAAAAAAGUGUUAGAGGUCCCACUAUGUUGAAAGCAAUUGAAAACGUUCGUAAAACGGGUAUAAAGAUCCCUCUCCAGUUUGAUCUAGAAACUGGAGAGUGUUAUGGUAACAAUGCCUCCCAUUUUAAGAGUUACGUAGCACUUCUUACUCGAGAAAGAUGCAGUAUUGCGAAAGAGUUGUGGAAACAUAUACCUGAAGGAGUAAAAAAUGCUAUGUGGACAGAUAUUAAGGCUAUUUUUGUUAUACCCGAGUUUGAUGAUGCAAAAAGGAAUGAUCAUUUUAAGAAAAUAUGGUUUCACUAUGCGGCGGAGCGGUGGAAAGAUUUUAAAUCACGGUUGACUAGAACUUAUAUCACAGACCCCAAACAAGAUGACGUUCCUCCAUACGUCAAGUAUCCUUACAUCAAAAAAGAUAUAUGGGAAGAGUUUGUGAAGUAUCGACAGACCUCUGAUUUUAAGGAAAAAAGUCAAAAGGGUAGGGAGAAUCAUGCAAAGAAUGUUUACCCACAUGUAUUAUCCCGUGGAGGGUAUAAGAGGCUCGAGGAGCAGAUGAUCAAUGAAAAGAGAUUGUCCUUAUCGAAAGAUAGUUCUGGCUUAACUGAUGAUGAUCGUCAUCCAUCUCCACCGGAACGCUAUGAGACAUGGACGAGAGCACGACAAAAGAAAGGGGGAGAAUUCACAUCCGAGCCUGUAAAAAAAGUUGCUGAGAAAAUUGAGAAAAUUGUUGAAGACUCAAAAAAGGGUGACUUUGUUCCAACGGGACGUCACGAUGUCCUAACAGAAGCCAUUGGAACACCUGAGCAUGGUGGUAGUGUUCGUGGUGUUGGAAAAAAACAUAACAUUACCACUUACUGGGGAAGAUCAAAGGUUUCACGUCAAAGUCAAGGUAUAGAUGUCAAAGAGCAACUAGCAGCAUUUAAAGCAGAUUUGGAAGCUAAGUUUGAGGAAAAGUUGGCGCAAGAGCGUAAGAUGAUGCAAGAUUCUCUUAUGGAGACACUAAAGUCCAUGGGUUUAUCCCAAACCUCUGAUACAAAUAAUAGAGUCAUGGUACCUGAAGCGCAAACUGAACAACUUGUUGUCACCGGAAGCGCAAAAGGGAGUUGUUCUCCUGCACCGGUCAAGAUGCAAAAUGAACUCAAGGAGGUUGUUGUCACUGAAAGCGCAAAAGGAAGUUGUUCUCCUGCACCGGUAGCAGAGGCUCAAGAUAACAUGGACGAUGUUCAGAAAUUGUUAAUCAUGGUUCUGAAAAGGGGUGAGGAUCAUUUGGAUGUAGAAUUAAUUCAUUGUUCAAUGUGUACUAAUUUUCUCAUGUCUUGCAAGUGUAUAAGAGAGUUGUUGGUGGGUUCUAUUUGGCUCGACAUGAGUACUCUAAGUGUUUGGUGCUCGUACAUUCAUCGUUUAUGCAUUGAAAACAACACCACAAAUGUAUAUGGAAUUUUGGAACCAACUUUUCUGAACAUUGUUGGUGAUGCUGGGAAAAAAAGUGAUCAGAGAAUAUCUCAAAGUAAAUGCAAGAAAUACAUCCAGCAUAAGUUACAAAAUGAAAAGAAAGAGUGUCAAUUAUUACCAUUUAACCAUGGAGGACAUUGGCAGUUGAUAAUACUUUGUCCAAAGAUAAAUACCGUGGUUGUUAUUUGUUCACUACAUUGGAAACUUAAUCCAAUAAUGGAGAAAAUUGUUUCAAGUGUUUUUACGGUUGAUCAAAUGGCGAAUGGCAAUAGAAAGAACAAUACCGUAUGGCUUUAUCCACAAGCGAGGAAACAAUAUAAUUCAAAUGACUGUGGAUACUAUGUAAUGAAAAAUAUGUUGGACAUUGUCACUGCUAAGAUAACUGAUUCUUGGAUGGAGGUAUUUAAUGACCCAAAAGAGUUAACAGCUGAGGAGAUGUAUGAAUUGCGAUUACGUUGGUCAACAUAUUUUUUGGAGUUAUUGGAGGGUUAAGAUUUAUCUGGGUGAUGAAUUGGUUAUUAGCUUUAGUUUGAGUCUUGGAAGCAGAUCAGGUGAUGGAAUUGGUAUUUUGGCUCGGAUGUGCAUCUCACUGUUUUGGACUGUUUAUUUUGGACUAUUUUAGGAUGGUUUUAUAUGAAGGAAUUGGUAUUAGAAUUGGUAUU